AUAUUUGUAUUUUUUUUGUAUUUUUUUUUUUGAUACCUGUUUUUUCAGAUGCAAAAAUGACUCUCUAUGCUUUAAACAUACUUUCAAAUGGAAAAUUUCUCAACUUCCAAGGUCAAAAUCAAUACAAGGCUCUUUUCAGAUUAAUGGUGAUAUUUCAUUGUGUAUCUAAUAAUUUAUAUUCAUAUAUUUUAUUUUUCCAAAAAAAAAUACUCAUUUGCCCUAUAAAAAAUUUUUAUCCGAAUAUUCCCAUUAUUUCUCCGUGUAUUCUGUAAAAAUUCCGUGAAAAUGAUA